GGCGGCCUAUAUGUCGUCAAAGCUCAGAGAGACGUUGUGAUUAAUCUGCUGAAAUAUCCUCACUGAUUUUUUUAGAUUAACACUCUGCUCCGUGUCCCGUCUCUGUCACUGAUACGGGAUUAAGACAGCAUUUACAGUUAGUAAGGAUGAUGACUGUGGCCGAUGACUCUCUGGUGGGCUGUGAGAUUGACGACAGCGAUGACGAACAGAUAAACAUUCCUCCCCCUCCUCCUGAGUUUGCAUCCAGGGAUUCAACUCCUGCUUUCAAACCUCCAACUCCUUCACCUGCUACGCCCCCCACCCCCACCUGUCCUGUCAACAGAGACCCUAAUGGCAUCAGCAAACACCUUAAGGUGGAUGUCGGUGAAGUUCUGUCAGAAAGCACUGGUCCCUACAGCGCUGACGGAGCGUGGAUGUGCAGCGCCGCUGUGUUUGAGAAGACUCGCAUCUGGACGUACCGAUGCCUGUCUCUGCUGCUGGCUGUGCCCCUCUCUUUCCUCUACGGCAUUUCCCUGGCUCUUCUUGCCAGCCUUCGAGUCUGGUUCCUGGUUCCCUGCGUGCAUCUGAGCAACACCUUCCUUCCCUGCCUGCGAUCCUUGUGUUUGUGCGCCGUCGACGUCUUCGUCUCUCCUUUCUGCAUUUGCAUCGCUCUCUGCUGCAGUCAAAUCACCGUUUCACUGUCGAACAAAAGCUGGAAUCAAAAGACGGAGAAAGAAACUGUAUGAAUGCAAAGUAGAGAGGGAAAAAGUGAAUAAGGAGAGGGAAGGACAUUUGUAUUCUUUUUGUCUUAAGAUUAUUAUUGUUGUUGUUUUUAUUCUGCAAUUUUAACUGUCUUCAAAUGUAUUUGUAAAAAAA